GGCAAGUGUCUGGAGAGAAUCGCCGGCGCAACGGCAGCUGCCCGGGUAGCCUCGCCGCCUGCUCCCCGUCCCUCUCUGCGUGCCUCCCGGAUAGCUCCGAGUUUACCUCCGCAUCCUGACUGACCUGCGUCCGCUCGCAGCCUCCCGACUCCGCCGGCCCCUUGGGGAAUAGCCCUGCCUGCCUGCGCGAAGAGCUCUCCUGCGGAUCCCCCCUUUGCUUCUCCUCCUGGCCCCAGCGCUUUCUUUCCAUCCUUGCUCAAGGCGGAAAUUAAAUGAUCUCACCCUGACUGUGGAAUGGAGACAGCUGACACCCAGGAGAACCUGAAGACUCCUUGGGAGCGAAGGAGGCUCGCCGUGGCCUUUCGCGCGGGGCUGUGAGAACGUGGGACCGGCUGGUUUCGGGGGGAGCACCCGCUUCUCACUCUGGCUUCCCUGGAUCCAGGCAGAUCGCCUUCGCGUCCUGCGCCUUGGAGGGGAGGGGGGUCGCCGCUCUUUCCUAUGGCUGGGAUAUACAGCUCUACUCUGAAGACCCUGGAAGACUUAACCUUGGACUCCGGGUAUGGGGCAGGGGACUCCUGCCGGUCCCUUAGCCUCUCUUCCUCCAAGUCCAACUCCCAAGCCUUCGCAUCCUCCCAGCACAGAGGCAACUGGUGGUACUACUCGGGCUCCAUGAACAGUCGCAACAACAGCUGGGAUACGGUGAACACUGUCCUGCCCGAGGAUCCCGAAGUCGCCGACAUCUUUGCCAAAUGUGCCAAACUCCCGGACCUCGAGGAAUUCCCGUGGAGCGAGGAAGACGUCGGGAGGAUUCUCAGGAAGGGGGAAGGCGGCGGAAGCAAGAGAAACUUCACUCCGGACGCCGUGCGGAGGCUGUCGAUGUUGCUCCGGCGGCCGCUGAUCCGGAUUUGCAGGGAGGCGCAGCGCCUGAGCGUGAUGCACUCCAAAUGCACGCGCUUCGAGAUCCAAAGCGCCAUCAAGCUGAUCCAGAGCUGGGCGCUCUCGGAGAGCUGCGUCCUGGCCACCGUCAAGGCCCUCUCGCUCUACAGCAUGAGCGCCGGCGACGGCCUGAGGACAGGGAAGUCGGCCCGCUGUGGCCUCACCUUUUCCGUGGGAAGGUUUUUCAGGUGGAUGGUGGACACCAGGAUCUCGGUCCGGAUUCACGAGUACGCAGCCAUUUCGCUCACGUCCUGCAUGGAGAACCUGGUGGAGGAGAUCAGGGCCCGGGUGCUGGCCAGUCAGAGCCCGGACGGCGGCGGCGGGAGUGAGAUAUCAGCCGAGGUCCUAGAGAUGGUCAUCAACAACGACGCGGAGCUGUGGGGAGUACUGCAGCCCUAUGAGCAUCUCAUCUGCGGGAAGAACGCUAAUGGUGUGCUUUCUCUGCCCGCAUACUUCAGUCCUUACAAUGAUGGAUCCAUGGGCAGCAAUGGACGGGCUGAUGCUUAUGCCCAGCUAGAGCUUCGAACACUAGAGCAGUCUCUCCUGGCAACGUGUGUUGGAAGCAUCUCUGAACUGAGUGACUUAGUGUCACGAGCAAUGCACCAUAUGCAGUGUUUGAAUACCCUCCGCCCGGGCAUGAGCCCUGUUCGACAAACCAGGCAGCAGCAGCAACCCAUAACCUGGUCUCCCGAUGCCCUUCACACCCUUUAUUAUUUUUUACGCUGCCCUCAAAUGGAGUCCAUGGAAAACCCCAACUUGGAUCCGCCAAGGAUGGCCCUAAAUAAUGAGCGGCCCUUCAUGUUGCUGCCCCCACUUAUGGAAUGGAUGCGUGUCGCUAUAACCUAUGCUGAGCACCGACGCAGUUUCACAGUGGACAGCGAUGACAUCAGGCAGACAGCCAGGCUGCUUUUACCAGGGCUGGACUGUGAGCCCCGGCAGCUCAAGCCUGAGUGCUGUUUUAGCUCCUUCCGGAGAAUGGAUGCCAAGGCAGCCACUGAAAAAUUCCACCAAGAUCUGGGGUUUCGAAUGUUGAACUGCGGAAGGACAGAUUUGAUCAAUCAGGCUAUAGAAGUAUUGGGUCCUGAAGGGGUUAACACGAUGGAUGAUCAGGGUAUGACUCCACUUAUGUAUGCCUGUGCUGCUGGAGAUGAAGCCAUGGUUCAGAUGCUGAUUGAUGCUGGAGCAAAUCUAGAUAUACCUGUUCCUGGUAGCUCUUCCCGGCAUCCGUCAGUUCACCCUGACAGCCGGCACUGGACUGCUCUCACCUUUGCUGUGUUACAUGGACAUAUCUCUGUGGUUCAGCUGCUGCUGGAUGCAGGAGCCCAUGUUGAGGGCUCUGCUGUGAACAGUGGAGAAGACAACUACGCUGAGACUCCACUCCAGCUGGCUUCAGCAGCAGGUAACUAUGAGUUAGUCAGCUUGUUGUUGGUCAGGGGAGCAGAUCCACUCCUAAGUAUGCUUGAAGCGAAUGGGAUAUCCUCAUCACUUCAUGAAGACAUGAACUGCUUUAGCCAUGCUGCCGCACAUGGGCAUAGAAAUGUUCUACGCAAGCUACUGACCCAGCCACAGCAGUCAAAAGGAGAUGUUCUCUCACUGCUAGAGAUUUUAGCAGAAGGCGUAGAAAGUGAUACUUCCAGCCAGGGAAGCUCCAAUGAGGGCCAAGUCAAGCUGUGUAAAACCAGGAUGAAGGCUUUGCAGGAAGCCAUGUAUUACAGCGCCGAGCAUGGCUAUGUUGAUAUCACAAUGGAGCUCAGACAACUCGGAAUCCCAUGGAAGCUCCACGUGUGGAUUGAGUCACUGCGGACAACUUUUUAUCAGUCUCGUUACUCAGUGGUACAGAACCUCUUGCGUGAAUUUGUCACCAUUAAGGAAGAAGAGUACAAUGAGGAGCUGGUUAAUGAUGGACUGCAGCUCAUGUUUGAUAUCCUCAGAACCAGCAAAAACGAGUCUAUCAACAUGCAGCUUGCCACUAUUUUCGCCCACUGCUAUGGAAACAGCCCCAUCCCCAGCAUUCCUGAAAUCAGAAAGACCCUACCAGCCCGGCUAGAUCCUCACUUUUUAAAUAACAAAGAUAUGUCCGAUGUUACUUUUCUAGUGGAAGGAAAACUAUUUUAUGCACACAAAGUUCUCUUGGUUACUGCUUCAAACAGAUUUAAGACACUGAUGGCCAAUAAAACAGAACAAGACAGCCAAGGUAGUAAGACUGUGGAAAUUAGCGAUAUGAAAUACAAUAUCUUCAAGAUGCUGAUGCAGUAUUUAUAUUAUGGAGGAACAGAAUCUUUGGAAAUUCCUACCACUGAUAUCUUAGAGUUGUUAUCAGCUGCAAGCCUGUUCCAAUUGGAUGGCCUCCAGCGACACUGUGAAAUACUUUGUGCCCAAACCAUCAGCACAGAAAGUUGUGUCAACAUCUAUAAGUAUGCCAAGAUUCACAAUGCACCUGAGCUGGCCUCAUUUUGUGAGGGCUUCUUCCUCAAACACAUGGUGUCACUGCUGGAGCAAGAGCCUUUCAAACAGCUCAUCUACGGCAGGAACAGUAAGGUUCAAGGUCUGGAUCCUCUGCAGGACUUGCAGUCCACUCUGGCCAGCCGGCUUCAUUCAAUCUACAUCACUUCAAGGGUGUGACCAUCAGGUGGAACCACAGUUGACUUCAAACUGCACCAGGCCGGGACCUUGCCAGCUCUGGCUUCCUUCUCUGGCUGAUGGGGACACCUGCUUAUGCCGAAAGAACUCCCUCCAAGAAGAUGCUUCCAGAUGCCACAAUAAAUUAAUCUGAAAGCUAGAGGAAAGGAAAAGGGGAUGUUGUUCAUAUAGUGAUAAGUUUCAGCAGGCAGCUCUAAAAUCAACAUGGCCCUUUUCAGAAGUCCAGUAUGCAAACAUUCUUAGGGGUCAAAGUAAACACAAUGCAAGGGAUGGAGGAGGGAAAAUAGAGGGGCAAUUGCUGGGCCUCUCAUUUUUUUAAUAGCAGCUUUAGACGAGGCAUAAUAGGAAAGAGCGGGACUCCCACUCUCCCAGCGACCCAUCUGUGAACUUCAAAGCAGCCACAUGGAGCUGCUAAGGAGUUUCUUAGGUGAGACCUUAAUCAUGGAUGUCUCACAUUAUGUAGGUUUGAUUCCUUUAGACACUGGAGAGCUCAGGUGGGCUUAUGGGGGCAGCUAGGACUGUCCAAAAUGCCUCUCUGAAACAUCUGCAUAGACCACAAUCAGUUUUUACUGUGGACCGUGCCUGUGAAAGGCUCUGGUGUUUGAAAAGUCAGUUUUUGGCUAUUCAGGUUCGUCAGUUUUUACAUGUAUACAAAAACAUGCUGCUUCAUUAGGUAUAGUAAUAACACCAGAUUGCCGCACUGCAAACAAAACUAGCUUCCCCUCACCUUUGCCAGUUUAGGCAACACAAGUUUGCUAAAGUGGUUAGACAAACCACUGUGUCUACUCAGAUGACUCGUCUAAUAUCAGUGUUACCUAACAGAGUCUAGAUUUAUUUUCAUCCAUAAUUACUCAUUCUCAGCAUUGGCCAACGGUAGUUACAGUGUUUAAAAGUCUACCAAAAAAAGGUAAAAUUCAGGGCUGCCAAAAGAUGGAUGUAAUUCCAAAAGUUUUCCUGGCAGCCCAUUGUGAUUGGUUUCCAUGUAUCGGAGAUAGGGAGAGAAUCCUGGUAUGGUACCCGACAUGUUAUUCUGCUCAAGUCAUCACAGCUGUGAUAACGACACCAUUGACUGCUGGGCAAUGGAAUAGAUAUCCAAAAUUGUGCUGAUACUGUUACGUAUUAAGGGCUGGGACCUAAUUUGACUGUAUUGUAUCUGAGCAAUAAUUGCCAUAAACACUUCAUCUCCUGCUUACACCUCAACACUCUGCUUACCCCUUGGCCACUGUGCAACAAGACACAAAAGCCACCCAGACUCCAGUUCUGCUUAAGAUAUACAUGCACAUCAGGCUUACAUGUGCAAGACCCUUAACCAGGUUGGAAAGUGAGAACCUAAACCACCAAAUAAGCAUUCAGACGCGCAUUAGACUGAGGAGUCAGUCCACCUGCACUGCUUUGCUUUGAUUGGGAAUCACAGUAUAAUGUGCAUUCAAAAGGACAGCUUGUUUAUAUGCUAGCUAGCACAGCAGGACUGAGACAUAAUGUUUAAAUCUAUGCUAGAGUAAAUUGUAGCCUUAGAAAAUAUUCCUAUCUCCCAUCCAACACAUUGCCAGUGGUGGCUGCCAUCUUUGCGCUCUGCGCAAAGAAAUAUUGAGGAUGAAGUGUUCAAAAACUGAGUCACAAUGUCAUCUUUGCCAAGGCUUACAAAUGAAAAAUGCUGCUUCUGUGAAAGUUUUCUUGUUAAAUGAAUAAAGGAGAAAGAGAAUAGCACACACAAAGGUAGAAGGACAGAGAGAGAGAGUGAUAGAGAGGGAGAAGUUACAAGUGUUUUGUAGAGUUUCAGGGAAGAUUCUGAAAGUAGUAGAAAGGUGGAGCAGUUGGGUAUGAGUUUAAGUUUUAGAAGCAAAGGGGCAAGUGGGACAGUGCACAUCAGUGAUAGUUGGAUGCAGCUUGCUAAUAAUGUUGGUAGGAAAAACAAUAACAGGUUUAAAAGCAGUUCAGCAACAAGGAAAGCUGUCUUUGGUUAACUGUUACAUUUUUUCCAAGGAGCUCAGGGCAAUUUAUGUGGUUCACUCCUCCCCCUCUUUAACCACAGGGCCAAGUAGGCAUUUAAACCUAGUUCAACAUGGUAACCUGACAGGAAAGAGGGGGAUUGAACUAAACUGAAGGAAGGUAACUUUUCCCAAGGAUCUAAUUCCUAGUUGGACGAUUUGUACCUCCAUUGUAAAAUGAACACAGCUUUAGCCACUUUGCACAACACACUGACAUCCCACAGUACUGAAACAUCACAUAGGAGGGCUGCCAGAGUUUAAAAAUUCUGCCCCAUAGAAAGCCAGAAGGGGCCUCCAUAGGCAGGAUACUUUACUAGUGGAUCAAGAGUAGCUUCACUGUUGAAAUUGCACAUGCACAUCCAUGAUGGCUGUGCAAGUUGUUUGUUAAAUUAAUGCUGUGCACCUUCCGAUCACUCAUUGAUAAAAUUUGGGUCUGAAAUACAUAUAGGCAGCCCUUUCCAUUCUCCAGAAAAAGUCACAGAGAUUCAAGAUUUGUCACUAGGUUGUUUGGAAACAUGCUCAAAGGUUGUAU